CAUUUAAGAGCUUCUGUUGCACGGAGAGGAACCAAACCACUGAAAUGCAUUCAGCUAUGACCUUACAGCUUAAAACCAAAGCACAACUCUUUAACCUGCACUGCUCUGUCGGUCUGACUGACUGGGACAUGGACAAGGAGCUGAAACUGGCUUCAACCACUGACCAGUUAUAUCAUGAUGACAAAGUGAGUGAUCAGUAUGUGGUCCAGAGGCCUUCUGUAAGAACCUCGAAAAGGAAAGAUGAAUUUAUUUGGUACGAUAAAACAUCAGAUACUUUUGUGAAACCAAACCUGUGGCUGCUGGUGAAUCCCAGCAUUGCCUGCCCGAUCCAGUACAACGAGAUUAAUGCUGACGCGGGACCUGUGUGUGAACCUGCUGAGGAAAGCCAAACUCGGCCCCUGGAGACUAGAUGUCCCCUGACAGCAGAGCUCCACGUGUUUUCCUGCCAUGAUGGUCCUCUCCAGGGGGAGGUGCUGCAAUCAGUUUCCUCUGAGUACACGGUCAAGAACGAUGUCGUCUCCUGUCAACCCGUCAAGAGCAGACGUAAGGCGAGGACCGUAAAGCCCAGGGACACUAAGCCUCUUAAGCCAGGCUGCUGGCCCCGUCCACCAGUGAAUUACUGCAUCCUCAUUGCCUUGGCACUCAAGAGCAGCCAUACAGGGAGCCUCAAAGUCCAGCAGAUUUACAAUUUCACCAGAGAGCACUUCCCAUUUUUUCAGACGGCUCCAGAUGGCUGGAAGAACACUAUCCGACACAACUUGUGCUUCAACAGCAGUUUCCGCAAAACUUGCAACCAGCUGUGCAGAGAUGGCAAGAGGAAGUCAUGUUUUUGGCACCUUACUUUAGAUGGCCAGCGGCGCCUUAAGGAUGAGAUCCACAUGCUGACAGGAGAAUCUUUAAAGCAGCUGGAGAAGAGCAUGUCCCACCCAGAUAUAAUUCGGAGCUUAUUUCCUAUGUGAUUUCAGUUAAAGGGGGAAAUGUGCAUUAAACAGUAGCAUAAUAAAGCAUGGUGUAAAAGAUCAAUCUGAUUCAGUGUUCAUU